CGUCUUCCGUGACUCAUUAGAACAAGUCUCAGCCCUACAUAAAUCUAAUUGAUCUACCGUUCUAUUCUCCGCCUAGAAUCCUUCUGGUGUCCAUCAUUUGCUCAAAUCUCGCCCAGACCUAAUUCACCCAACUCCAAUUGAACCCGCCCAAAGAAACCGCUCCGCCCAUCAUGCCCUCCCGCGCCGACAUCACCUACUUCGGCGCCGGCCCCGCGCUGCUGCCCACCGACGUCCUCGAGACGGCCUCGCAAGCCCUCCUCGACUUCAACGGCACCGGUCUGGGCAUUGCAGAGCACUCUCACCGCAGCGAGAUCGCCACCAAGAUCAUUGAGGAGGCCAAGGCCGACCUGGCCACCUACCUCGACAUCCCCUCCGACUACGAGGUCCUCUUCAUGCAGGCUGGCGGCAGCGGCGAGUUCUCCGCCACCGUCUACAACUUUGUCGGCGCCUGGAUCGCCCGCCAGCGCGAUGCUGUCCUAGCCAACCUCGGCGCCACCGACGAGAAUGAUGAGAAGGUCGUCGCCGAGCUCCGCAAGAUUGUCGACGAGAAGCUCAAGCUCGACUACCUUGUCACCGGAGGCUGGAGUCAAAAGGCCAGCGCCGAGGCCGCGAGACUGCUCGGCCCGGAGUUCGUCAACGUCGCCGCCGACGCCCGAAAGAUCAAUGACGGCAAGUUUGGCAAGAUUCCCGACGAGAAGGACUGGAAGCUUAGCAAGGAGGCCGCCAUGGUCUACUACUGCGACAACGAGACGGUCGACGGCGUCGAGUUCAACGGCUUCCCUGGGGCGCUGGCGCCCAAGGAGAACGGCGAGGGCCCCAUUGUCGUGGCGGACAUGUCGUCCAACAUCCUCUCAAGGCGCAUCCCCGUCAAGAACUUCAGUGCCAUCUUCUUUGGUGCGCAGAAGAACCUCGGUUCGACUGGUAUCACCGUCGUCGUCAUCAAGAAGAGCCUUCUUGCCGCACAGCCCUCUCCUGCGCUUAUGCGCAAGCUUGGCCUCCCCAUCGCCCCCAUUGUUCUCUCAUACGAGACCAUUGCCAAGAACAACAGCUUGUACAACACAUUGAGCAUCUUUGAUGUCUACAUCGCCGGCCAGGUCCUCAAGAAGCUUCUCCGCACUUUCCAAAACAAGGUCGACGGCCAGGAGGCCAUCGCUGAUGAGAAGGCCUCUCUCAUCUACUCCGCCCUCGAGGCUCACCCCGAUAUCUACCGCAUCGUCCCCGACAAGAGCGUCCGCUCGCGCAUGAACAUCUGCUUCCGCGUCACCAAGGGCGGUGACACUGACGCCGCAGAGAAGGCCUUCCUCAAGGAGUCUACUGCCCAGGGUCUCACCGGCCUCAAGGGCCACCGCAGCGUUGGCGGUAUUCGUGCUAGCAACUACAAUUCUAUUCCUCUCGAGGGUGCCAAGAAGCUGGCCAAUUUCAUCGAGUCCUUUGCCAAGGCUUAAGUCAGGAUGAUUCAGAUGAAGGUCCAUUCAACACCGUCAAUAUAAUGAUACCAUGUAAGAAUAUACAUGAACCAAAAAAAAAAGGGAGGAACGGUAUUGGGAAAUGAAAAUAAAGCAUAUUGGGAAUAUUUAGGGAGCCAUGAUUUAAUUCAACAUUUCUGCCAGGGUAUUAUGGCUACACGUUGCACACAGUCCUUCAUGUGUGAGUUGAUUGUGAGAGGAGAGAUGGUAAACGUUACCUUGAUGGGUAGGGGUGUGGAUGGAUGACUGAGUUCCACUCUCGC